CAUAAUUAAGUUUUAAUUAUGAUAUCAAAAAGCAGAGUGUUAUUAACUUUAAGUAAGCCAUAAAUAACUUACUCGUUCUCCUUAAGUAUAAAAUUGAUCGUAUAAAGUUAAUAAGCUUAGAAAUUAAGUUUUUAAAGGAUCGAUAUAUAGAGCCAUUGGUAUUUUAGCAGGAAUUUAAGUAAGUGCAACAUUUAUUUCACAUUAUUUUGUUGAUAAAUAAGUGAUUUUCCCUGUUGAAGAUUAUUUAUAAAACGAUAGGAUUAAGGAAAAUCAACAUUACUCAAUAGCUGGAAUAAUAAAACCUGGAUCUAUAGAAAUAAAAAGAGGUACUUUGGAUGUGAAGUUCAUUCUUACAAAUUUUGAAGAUGAUAUUUCUGUUAUCUAUAGGGGGGAAACUAAAUAUGAAUUUAAAGAAGGAGAAACAAUAGUUAUUACUGCAUAUACUCCUGAUUUAAAAAAUAAAAAAAGAAUAAUAGGUCUUGAUUAUUAGACUAAACAUUCAAUGGAUGGAUAUAUGUGGGAAGAUAAAGUGGGAGUCAAUCGUAAUAAUUAUGGACUCAAUUCUAAAUUAUAAUCUUAAUUAUGA